AGAUGUGAGGAAUGCAGGGAUGUAAGGGAAGCAGAGAGGUAAGGGAUGCAGAGAUAUAAUGGAUGACGAGAUGAAAAGAAUGCAGGGAUGUAAGGGAUGUUGGGAUAUAAAGAAGCCAGGAAUGUGAGGAUUGCAGAAAUGUAAGGGAUAUAGAGAUGUAAGGAAUGCGGUGAUAUAAGGGUGCAGGGAUAUAGUGAAAUCAGAGAUAUAGAGGGUGCAGAUGGAAGUAAACGUCUUUUUAAACAUGCGUAACGCGCCGAUACGCUCUCUGUUGGCAACAGUCUCGAAUAUAUUUUUCGCAUGCGCACUACAAUUAUUUAUUAUGAAACAAACUUGUAGAUAAUUAAGAAAUUAUUCACUCAGAAACAAUGAAAAUGAUAUAUUUGUAAAUAACAAAGGAUUUCUAAUCAAUAACAGUUAUUAGUUAUCACAAAAUCUGUUUGUUAUUAAAAAGUACUGAAAAGUUCCGGCUGACAUUAUGACCGAAAUAAAAUUGCUAAUUACAAAAGAACUAAUUUGUCACAAACGUUAAACAUGGACUCACAAUCAAUCACAAACGAUUUAUAAACGAAAUACACUAAGAAAAAUUAAAAAUAAUCAUAUUUUAUUAUACCUUCUAGUUAGCUUCGUGUAGGUCGGUGGUUCGGGUUCCCUAAUACCCCAAUAUGAUGUCAGGUUGGUAUAAGGACAGCGCCAUCGGUGCAUCGGGGUCUCUGGCACCCCGGAUGCCAUGAUGUCGAUAAGCAGAGUAUCACCGGUACUUCGGGGUGCCUAAUACCCCAAGAUGAUAUCAAGUGGGUAUCCAGAGAGCGUUACCGGCGCUCCGCUCAUUCCUUGUAUAAGUAAACAUAUAUGAUCUGAGCGGAAGAAAUCGGCAAAGAUCAAAUCUUGAUCGCGUCUUCCUCUUUUUCAUUUUCUCUUUAUUCGCUGUUCUUUUUUACUUCUCCCGGGUUUAAUGCCCCUGCCGACACAUUACGUAUCGUUAAGGAAAUGCGCGCGCAACUGAAAUGUGCGACCCAUAGACUUUCUAUAGAAAAUCUGAAACCUCUGUAACUUUUGACCCCGAUCACUUAGCCCCACAAACGCCACAGCUGUGAGCUAGUCUCAGCAAGAUCUUUCUAACGACUUACAAAGCGUAUCUCUAACUCUAGUAGUUCUCAAGUUGAAAAGUGACACGGACGGACGUCUUUGCGCUUUAUGUAUAUGAUGAGAUUUCAGUUUUUCUUAAAUUGCGUAUGUUCUUUUAAUUGCAAUAAAUAAAUGAUGUUUCGAAUUGAUUUUCGGUGAAAUACACGCGAAAAGUAAACGGGUUAAGGAAAUGGGAACGUUCGAUAAGCGUUGCCUCAAUGAUUGUAUUUUAACAAGAAAAUCCUCGCGGCUCAAUGAACACCACCACCUGCUCCGUGCGAUAAGGAAAUCGACAGGAUCCACUCGACCGCCAUAUUAACGUAACGCGUGUUCCAUUUUCUUUUUUUUUUCAAUCUAUGUUUCUACUAAAUGGAAGUCGACGAAAAAGCAAAAGAGAAAAUAAAAGGAAAAAGCAGGUGGUGUCCUUUUCAAUUGAGAAUUCCCUUGUUUCGAAGCAAGGUUAGAAGGAAUUGCGUCGAUCCCAGUUCCCACGGACAAAUUUCAUUUCAAUCAAUCGCUAUACCAGAUUCUUGUUCAUUUCACACCCCCGUGCUCGCAUCAUCCCCACGCGCAACAGUCCUUUGGCGUCGUGGAACCUCGUGAAAGGAUCCUGGCGCAGUUCAACGUCGACCACCAUAACCACUGUCAACCCCCGGUAGCCAUGGUCAUCUAAAAAUUUCCAAUAAGAAGAUUGCUUAAACAAACACCAUCUUAAAAAUACAAUUUGUAAAUUGAAAAACACUGUCGUCGAAAUCUAUUGGUGAUUAAAAUUGAUUAUCCUUGAAAUAACUAAAGAGUGGAUCUUCGAAUAUAAAUUUAUCCCCGAGGAACUGAAAUUAAAAAUAAUUCAGCGAGUGGAAAAUUAAUAAUUGGAAUUGAUCAAGUAUCCGAGUGAACAAUUGAAAAUUUCAAAAGAAUUUUAACAGAUCUAUGUCAUGACGGACGUGAAUAGCAACAAAUUGAACGGCGAAUCCUCGAGAAAAACCUUCGAGCUCGCGAGGAAGGAAUUACGUUCGCUGGUGAAUAAAAUCGAAGGAACCGGUCUGUCGAGCAGAUCGUUUAAAUUACUUCGCGUUUAUUCCUUGCUGAAGCCCGGAAGUUCCAAGUUUCGCAGGACACACCUGUGGAUUCUACUGAUUCCCGCUUGGAUUCUUGGCCAAUUUUUGUGGAAUUAUGGAUUAUCGGUUCGCUACGACAAGUGUUUGGCAGAGUUUCCCUCGUUCACGCAGAACAUUUUCCGGCCAGCCGAGGAUUGCUCGAUGUGCCAGGACGUUCAACAGGUUGACAGGAUAUCCAACGCGGAACCUGUUUCGUUCGAGGAACGUUACGCGUAUACCGGAAGGCCGGUGGUGAUCACCGAUGCGACAACAAAUUGGACAGCCCCGAAAGUAUUCUCCUUCUCCUUCUUCAAAUCCUUGUACGAAGGUCAGGACGCGAAUUGUCAAUUCUUCCCGUACAAAACCGAGUUCAAGAAUCUUCAGGAGGUGUUCAACAUGAGCACCAGUCGUUCCCUUCUCGAAAAGGGAACGAAACCGUGGUACGUCGGUUGGAGCAACUGCGACGACGAAAUUGGCAACGUGCUGAGGAAACACUAUCAAAAGCCUUAUUUUCUGCCCGACACCGCGGAAAGCGAGAAAACUGAUUGGAUUUUUAUGGGAAGCCACGGUUACGGGGCACCUAUACACGUGGACAACGUGGAGCAUCCGUCGUGGCAAGCACAGAUAAAAGGAGAGAAAUUAUGGAUCCUGGAACCACCCAGGGAGUGUCAUUAUUCCUGUAAGAGGUUGCAGGUCGUGGUACACCCUGGUGAAAUAAUCGUCUUGGACACGAAUCGCUGGUACCAUCAAACAGAGAUAGUUUCCGAGGAGAUGAGCAUCACUAUCGGUGCGGAAUACGAUUAAAAUAAAAUGAACAAUGUAGGCUGACAGUAAAAUUGCUGUAGCGAGAAAAAAAUUUAAUAAAAUUAUAUUUAUCUUUAAA